AUGACGCGGGAGCAUCGCAGUCGCUGUAGGCGAGAGAGUUCCUCUCGUGGAGGUGAAGGAGUUUCUCGUGGUAGUGUCGGCACUUCUCGUGGAGGUGGCGUGGGUAUUUCUCGCAGUCAUGGAGAGGGUGCUCCCCGCGGGGGUGCCGUGGGACGUUCUCGAGGAGGUGGCGAGGGUGUUUCCCGAGGAGGUGGUGAGGGUGGUCCUCGUGGGGGUGCCGUGGGCAGUUCCCGAGGAGGUGGUGAUGGUUCGUCUCGUGGAGUUUCGAGUAGGGUUGAGCAAACUGUGGGUUCCGAUAUGCCUGAGGUGGAGAAUGUCGAGGUAUUGGAGAUUCCUCACUUGCCACUGGGGCGGUUACUCCUUGGCGAGAUGCCCAUUGAUCAGCCCGGUCCGAGGUCCGAGGUUCGAACCCUCCUUCUAGCGCCAAAUGUUUCAGCUGUCUCGAGAGGGGUCUGGUCCAGCUAA